AUGAUUCUUAAGAAUUUAACAGACAAUGCUAAAAACUUGGCAGCCAAUGCAAAAAUAGAAGACAUGUCGAAAUUGUUUAGGAAUCACAUGGCAGGAAAACAAGAUGUUAAAAAUGCAUUAAGCGGCGUUAUGGAUAUAUCGAAAGAAGUAGAAAGGAAUUUGACACCGAAACAGUGUGCCGUUUUAGACGUGGCACUAGACACGAUAAAACAAUAUUUCCACGCCGGCGGAAACGGUUUGAAAAAGACAUUUUUGGAAAAAUCACCGGAAUUGCAAAGUUUGAGAUAUGCCUUGUCUUUAUACACUCAAACGACUGACGCCCUGAUAAAAACGUUCGUCACGACGCAAUUGAACGAAGGUAUGUGUUGCACCUUUAUUAUGCCACGUGAACCCUCGCCCCCCCCUUUUUUUUUGUGUUUUUAUUCUCGCGCGUUUUAUUUACCCCCACUUCCGGUUCUUUUCUUUUUCUUACUUUUGCCGUCAUCACUAUUAUUAUUAUUAUUAUUUCUUUUGGGAGUUUUAGAAAAAAAAAAAAAAUUAUCGAUAAAAUGCUUUUUCGAGAUAUCGAUCGAUAUUUCCCGUAUGAAUAUGAAUCGAUGGCCGGAGAUAUCGAUCAUGCGUGUUUCCUUUUCGCGGUAA